UUUCUCUACUAUGUCUGUUUUUGAAAAGGCUGCAGCCUGGCUAGUGUGUCUAUCCAUUUCAAAAACUACCAGUGACAGCCUGGCUCUAACAAGUGCUUUAUUUCAACUCGCCCAGUGACAUUCCUGCCAAAAAAGACAAACUGCAUCACUUCAACACAUUCUUUCCUGAAAGAGAAAUUAGAUCAGAGGUGCACUCCCAAUCUACUUUACUAUUUGGACCAACAAUCUUUGGCUUCAGCCCUACACUGCAGUAAACAGAACUUUGGUACUGGGACAGAAAUCACUUGAGCGAUGACAAAAAGGGCCGAGCCCACCGCCAUUUUGUCCCACUCAGGCCAAAGCCUGGAACAUUCUGCCUUCACCCACGGGCCCAGCCUAAGGACAACACAAUAAACCACAGCACACAAACAGGGCACGCUAGGUUACCGCCACGGCCACUCCACAUCCAAGCCCCGCAUACACCAAAACACUACAAAUACAUAAAGUUUAAGGAGUAAAGGUAAUACUAAAAGGAUGGGUUUCGCGGCAGACAAGCACCCAUCGGCUGAGGGUACUACAGGCCCCGUCGAGCUCAGCGCGGCGCUGACCGCAGCGGAGGGGCUGGAGAAAAGGCGGGGUUUUCCCUCAGGAGAAGGGCGGGGCUUCUCUUCAGGAGGAGGCUGGGCUUUCCCUCAGGAAAAGGGCCGACGUCUCCUCAGGCCGUGGCUGACCCACCCUCCGCGCCCUUCAGUCAGGGCGGCUCAGAGGGCGGGCCGGCCGCCGCGCCGCCAGCUCCCGGCCCGCCCAGAGGCAGCGGGCCAGUCGGGAGGAGGAAGAGGAAGAAGAAGAAGAACCGCCCGCGGACGCCAGCGCCGUCCGCCGGCGAGGCGAGGGGGAGUUCUGAGGUGGCGCCGCCCCUCGCGGGACUGUAGAACGCCCGUCCGGGCGGGCCCGCGCCUCAGCCAUGUCUCAGGAAGGAGCCGCCAAGCUGCGCCUCAAGCCCAGAAAGGCGCCGCCAGCCUGCAGCCGGGAGCCCAGCCCUGGCCGGGAGUCCCCCCGCCGGCGCCGGACAUCGUCUGACAGUUGUUCCUGGUUUGAAAAAGAAGACUUAAAUGAGUGUGAAAAAACAUGGAUUUUGUUAUUGAAAAACAUCAGUCAAGAUUUACAGUGCACAAAUUGGCAAACAGUGCCCAGUUUUCCAGAGUUCUUUGGAAAGAGUUCUGAGGAAGAGAGUCUACAAAAACAGGAUGUCUUCACAAUUGGAAUGAAAGACUUUCAGUGGGUAUCGUUCCCAUCUUUUUCCAAAGGAAAAUGUCUAGAGCCAAAGGAUCUUAGCUCCCAUCAGCUGACACAGAGCCAGAUUGAUCGUUUACACCAAGGAUGGGGCCAAGCAGAUGAACUGAAAAGUUUACCUUCUACAGCUGAGAAAACGUGCCGUGGAACUAUUACAGAUCAAAUCAAAAAUACGGUUGGGGAAGACAGAAAAGGUAUUUCAAAACUGGAUGUAAGUCCUAAAUCAUGUGAACUCACUCAGCACAGAAGCUCUGCACACCCCUUGGUAUUGUCCCAAAGCUCUGCAGAAGCUUUUACCUUUCAACAGCACUGCAGAGGGAGGGUACAGAACAGCAGGGAAAACAGAAAAGGAGAUGAUGGGCAACAGCUUCAAAUACAAACACAUCAAGGGAACACUUCAUUUGGUGAGGCCAGAUACGUGCCUACAGAAGAGAAGCCUCCUCUUGCGAGCACAUCUGGAACUGAAAGCUGCAAGGAGAAGACUGAAAAUCAGAGUGAAGGAUCUUCAACUCUUGACAGUUGUCCAAUGUGUCUGAUUUGUUUUAGUGGAACACUGUCACAACUGGAUAUUGAUGGCCACCUGGCUAGAUGCCUGUCUGAAAGUGCAGAUGAUGUAACAUGGUAAAUCCAGAAGAAUGAAAAGCAAAGGAACAAGGCCAAGGAUGAACCUUUCUCAGGGAAGCAUGUCCUUGUCUCAGACUCACUUAAGGACCACAAACCAAUAACACAAUAGAAACUCAGCUGCCACCUGCUUGGGGUCUUUUUAUUUUAAAUCCUCUCAAAUGCGUGUAAAAUAGUUCUAGUGCUGAAACUGGUGCUGGAGGAUGUCCCAGAGCCUCCCAAGGAAGUCAGCCUCGGCACUCCUGGAAUCUAGGUGCUUCUGAAAAAGUAUACUGUUGUGAAUUGCUGAAGAACCUGUUUUGUCUGACAGACCAUGGUUGUUCUCACUCUAAGUGUAGAAAAAAGGAGUUGAACAGAAGAAAACUAUUAUUUCAUCUAACUUGAAAGUUUACUGACCUCUUUUUUCCAAACAGGUACACUG